AUGACCACCUGGUUCUGCUUUGAUCUCCACAUGAUUUCGAUGGAAGCCCAAGUAUGGCGAACCGGUAAGUGGUCAAACGUAUUUCCUGCGCCUGACUUGCCGUGCAACACAGGGCCCAGACGCGCCAGCAGCAAUUCAGCAUGCGAUGAGCAGGACUAG